AUGUCGAACAUACUUUUAUCCGAGGUAGGCUGGGAUGAGGGCUUUGCCAUCCCAGUUGCCAAUGCAGAAAAUAAGGGUUUGGAAGAUGAGGUAAGUGUCUAACGUUAGCUAACAGUUUAUUUGCUUAUCUGUACCAGAAUAUCUGACAUUUUAUUUGUUUCGUCUGUAUUUUAUAUAAAUUGAAAUGUUUAUGCCUCACAUAGCUGACAGUAGGUAGCUAGCUAGCUAACUAACGCUAGCUAAAACGAAACAGCUGGCAUGAACAUCAGUCCAAGGUGAAAUAUGACUGUCAUUUGCUCUUCCUGCCUCUCCACAGCUUCAAAGGAAACAAAAUGAGAAGUUACAACUGGAGAACAAACUUGGUGGAUACAAGGAUAGAAUACAAGCCAUGGCUGAACACCUGCAAAAUGUUAGGCAGGAGUUAUCUCAAACUCAGGUAAAGCUACUUGCCCAUUUUGGAAUUCCAUGAAAAGAGACGACGACUGAGGUUCUGACUGAAAACUAUUUAGCUCAUGCAUAGAUCUACACACCUUACUUUAUAAGUAGUAGUUAUAUUGCUAAGUAAUUAUGUUUAUGCAAGGAUUAAUGAAUAAUGCCAUGCAAACACAGGUAUGACAGUAAUCGUUUUGCAACAACUUUGAAAUGCUGUCCUCUAACUAGUUUAUUUUGAUUUGCACUGUGUCAGGCUCUGUGCAAAGCCAGGGAGAAAGAGACUGAGUCGGAGAUGCAUUUCAAGGCCCUGGCAGAGAGAGAGGUGGGCCGCCUGCGUCAGGAGAUUGCACAGCUGGACAACGAGCUUGGAGCUCUGAGGGAGAAGAAGAAUGCACAGGAGGUUAUUCUACGUGCCAUCAACAUCAUAGUCUUUCAGUUCUAAAUCACUAAAUCAGAGGUCUUUCCUCAAAACAACAUGGGUCUCUCUCUCUCUCUCUCUGUCUCUGUCUCUCUCUCUCUCUCUCUCUCUCUCUCUCUCUCUCUCUCUCUCUCUCUCUCUCUCUCUCUCUCUCUCUCUCUCUCUCUCUCUCUCUCUGUGUGUGUGUGUGACUGAGAAUUCUCUGGGUUGUAGCCUACUGUAGUUAGUUAUAUUUCCAACUGCUAGUAUUCACCUGAACAUACAACGUAUUCAGUGUAUGUUCCACUGUGUUAGAUAAAUGUCUAGCAAUCUGUUUCCUCAGAACAACAUCUUCAAAGGCACCCAGAAGCUGGAGGAGCUGAAGAGCCAGCUGAAUUGGGACCAGCAGACCCUGGACGCCUGGCUUGAGGAGUCGGCACACAAGGACGAGGACACCAUGGCCAUCAUCAAGUAUGCCCAGCAGGACGAGAGCAGGAUACGGGUACGUCAUUGGUGGUGUGAGUGACCGACAGCUGGGGGUACAAAAACCUGGGUAACCUGUGUGGUCUUGGAUCUCUGUUACAGUGGCAAGCAAGUACAGUCCUUUCAGGAUCCUCAAGAAUGAACAGUAUGCUGACAAUGGGAUAUACUUAAUGAACAGUACAAUCCAUUUUCUAAACUACUGUUAACUUUCUUUGUUUUACAGGAGCUCACCUUGUUGAUAGAGAAGAUGACACUUAAGGCCAACCAAAAGCACAAGGCACUGGACAACGAACUGACUGAGACCGUUUCAGCACAGGUCAAAACACCAGCUAUCUUACAAACACAGGAAUAUCAGUCAAUGUUCAAUCACCCACAACUGAGAAUAUUUUGUUGACAUUUAAGCUACUUUGUGUCCAUUGUUGAUAGUUACAUUUCCCUUGAGAUGUACACAUCACACAUCAAACAGAAAGCAUUUAUUCUUCCUUGUUGAUAUCCAUCAGAGUGUGUCUCAUGUAUUGUAGUUGUGCUCUGCCAACAGAUUGGUCUGGAUAAGACGGCAGAGAACUUCCGCCAGGCCCACCUAGAGAGACAGGAGCUGAUCCACCAGUGGGAGAACACCAUCGAGCAGAUGAAGAAGAGAGACACAGAGAUGCAGCAGUGUUCAAUGGUAACCAAUAGAUGGUAGCCUGCAGUCAUUACAGUCAGUCAUACAAUAUUUGAGAUGAUGAUGGGAUAUCAUAGCCUGGUUAAACCAGAUUGAAUGCUACACUCACUGCUACACUCACUAUUGCUUCACUAUCGUUCAGUCAGGUUCAACCAGGCUAGGAAUAUUAUACCAGUUCAAAACUAUUGUAAAUACUCUAGUUUACUAUUCACACACUUGGUCCAGAAACUAUAACAUGUAUUUUAUAGUUGUAGUUAUUUUAUAGUUGAAACAACACUGUUUCAACACCCCUUUUCAUAUUACGACACCUACUUAAGAUUAGUUUAUCAGAAUCAUAAAAAAGGCUCCAUGAAAGUGACUGAUGGCAAGCAACUGUGAAGUUUCUAAAACAAUGGACUGAUAAUGUAAACAAUGGAUUUUGCCAUGUAUUUCCAGCUCCUCACCCAAGUCAACCAGGACAUCAGAGAGAGGAAUGGAGUGAUCAAGGAGAAGAAGACCUUCCUGGAGAGCGAGACGGAGAACAACAAGGAGUACGAGAAGAAGACAGCCAUGGCCGACCGGCAGGCGGCCAAGCUGAGACAGGAGUUCCAGGAGCAGGAGAGUAACCGCACCAGACUACAGGACCAGGUGAGUCUGUCUGUCUGUCUGUCUGUCUGUCUGUCUGUCUGUCUGUCUGUCUGUCUGUUGUGUGUCUGUCUGCUGUUUGUCUGUCUGUCUGUCUGUUGUGUGUCUGUCUGCUGUUUGUCUGUCUGCUGUGUGUGUCUGUCUGUCUGCUGUGUGUCUGUCUGUCUGUCCAUAGCCUUCUUCUCAGGACAAAACAUUAACAAAUAAGUAUUUCAUAAUUUGCAAACAUUUAUAUGCAUUAUAACGUUGCAAUUCAUAAGCAUGUAAUUACAUUUAUAAUGGCCUAUUCAAGAAAGUGAUUAAAAAGUGUAACCCAAUCAUUUUAGUCAAUGCUUUCUGCAGACAGGUUUUUUUUUCUGUAUGACUUCGUUCUAUGGGAAUGAUGGUUUGUCUUAUCUGUUAUUAUCACGUACCUCUUUCUAGUUGGAGAGUCUGAAAGGGACAGUGGACAGAGCAGCUACUGAUGUCCAGUCCAUGAGGUCCCAGCUAGCCAACAUGAAAAAGGACAUCCAGGACAAAAACAACAAGUGAGACAUAGAGAUCUGGAGGCCUCAGUGCCAAUCAAAUAGGAAUAAUUGAUGGCAUCGUUUUGGGGGGAACCGACCCUUUACGUUUAAAUGAAUUCCCUCACAGGGAUUCUAUAGGUAAUUCUAUGAAAUACCCACCCUCUCAUUAGUUCUGAUCUGUGUGUGUGUGUGAACCUGGUCCAGGGUAAAGGGGGCCAAGCUUCAUAACACAGCCCUGGAGGAGAAGCUGAAGACAGUGACGGAGACGACCCUCAGCGUGGAGGAGAGGGCCACUCAGAUGGAGCAAGUACUGAAGGAAGAGGAGCAAACUAUUAAAGUGAGUGUCAUUCCGCAUGAGAAAAUAAUGUUUUUGUCAUAUUACCAGUAUGUUUAUCGGAAAGCGUGUCUGCAUGGGACUGGGAUGGCUGGCUGCAGUUGCAUUGAGCUAACUUGUGCACUUUACCUAGCAAUUCACAUGGUCACAAUACGAACUGGAUAUUGCUAGAUCGAAGUAUAUGAACAUUGUAUCGAUCAAACUGAUACAUAAAAUCCCAUUCUGACUGACUGUAUUCUCACAUUUAGUUGUUUCUUUGAUUUUGUGAUGCUCUAAUGUCAUUCUAUUCACUCCCAUGAGGAAUGUAGUGUAGCAUUGUGUUCUGUUUCGUCAUUUUUGCCAUCUGGGGAACAGUCUCUGAUGCGACUGUGUACUGCUCUCGGAUGUCAUUCUGUGGAGCCUUUGAACCAUGUGUUGACUUCAGUGACACAUUGUGUUGGUUAAUGUACUCAUGACCAUGUUCUGGUGAACUGUCUCAUUCUGCGUCUGUGUUGGGUUGCAGGACAUCGACGCUCAGCUGCACCGCCACCGCGAGGUGCUGUUCCGUGAGACCCAGGAGCUACAGGCCCUGAGGGUGAAGGAGAAGGACUCCAUGGCUGUGCUCUCUGGGAGCCGGGUGUCCCUCUCCAACCUGGACGGCCGCCUCAGUAAACUGGACCAGAACUCCCUCAAGCAGCAGGAGAUCAUCUACAACCAGGCUAGACAGCAGAAACAAUAGUCUUUCUCUUGUUGUUAUUUUCCUAUCACUAACAAUAUGGAAUAUCCACAUUGUUUAUUAUCCAUUAUCUAUGCAUAGUCACUUUACCCCUACCUACAUGUACAUAUUAACUCAAUUACCUCGACUAACCUGUACCCUCUGUAUAUAGCCUCGUUAUUGUUAUUUUAUUGUUGCUCUUUUAUUUUAUUUAGUAAAUCUUUUUUUCUUAACUCUUAUUUUUCUUAAAACUGCAUUGUUGGUUAAGGGCUUGUAAGUAAGCAUUUCACGGUAAGGUCUACACCUGUUGUAUUCGGCGCGUGUGACAAAUACAAUUGUAUUUUAUUUUAUUUUAUUUGAAUAGUAAUAACAGUAUGGUCAUUCAACAGAUAGGGCUAGACCACUACCGCUGUCAUUUGAUCAUUAUCUAUUUCCACCACCAUGACCAUUAUAGCUAGCGUUCACCCUAAUGUCAUCACAUCUCCCUCUACCAUUGGGGUAUACAGCUAGUCUUAUAGUGUAUGUAUGGUGUAGUUGGUACCUCACUAACCUCAAACUUUGCUACUCCAGGACUUCCAGAUCCAGCUGCUGGAGAGGAAGAUGUUGCGUCUGCGUGGCGAGGUGAACACGGAGGAGAAGCAGGUCCUGGAGAAGAAGGCCCAGGAGCUGGCACAGAGGCUGGAGGAGAAGAAGAGGACGGCCACCAUGCUCACCACCCAACUGAAGAAGCUCCAGGUGGACAGACCUCUCUCGUACUGUAGAAUGUUCUAGAUAUUAUUUUUCCUGAUGAUUCGGGUAUUUCUGUUGUUUUUGUCACCUCAGCAAAGUAGGAAGACUAUUUCUUGCAACCCUAUCUUAUCAUUGAAAAUCGUUGGUGUUUUUCUCUGAUUUUCUAUGUUUUCAAAUGAGUCUCUGUUUACAGUUACCAUAUAAUUACAUUUUAGCUAAAUAAUCCUAAAUUGUUAUUUUGAGACAUGCUUUUUAAAAAACAUUUUUAGAUAUACAUUCUGUGAUUUGACUGUUUCUGUCAUCUGACAGGAUGAUAUUCGCUGUGUGAGGAAAGAGGCAGAGAAGACAGGAGCUGAGAAGAGAGACCUGACCACCAAGAUCGAGGAGCUGCACCUGUUCAACCACAUAUCAGACAAGGAACUGAAGAAGCUCAGGCUCAAGAAGCAGGUGAGAACACAGACAGGCACACAUGCACAGUCACUGCAGUUUUGCUCAGCCAACCUUGUCUUUAUCGAUAUGAUUAAAUAAAAUGAUGAAUGUCUUUAUUAUAUUUGAAAAUGAGAAACUCAUACUCUUACACAGCCACUCAUUGACACACAUUGCCUCUGACCUUUGACCUUCAGGACACCAUGGUGGAGGACAACAUCCUGAAGCUGGAGAUCAAGCGUCUGCGUGACCUGCUGUACAACAAGGCGGACAGCGUGCUCUCGCUGGAGAAGCGGCGGCUGCAGCUGCAGACGGCCAUGAGGGAGCGGGAGGAGGAGAUUAAGGCGCACCGGGAGAUGCUCAACAAGCAGGUCAAGAUCACUGACCAGGAGCGCCAAGGACUCAGGUAUGUCUAAGACUGGCUCUCAAAAUAUACCCCAUUACCCAGACAGUAUAGUGAAGUGUUCUUAGAGGGAUACUUAGGGGCUUUGACAGAGGCCAUUUAUCUACUUCCCCAGAGUCAGAUGAACUCGUGGUUACCAAUUUUAUGUCUCUGUGUCCAGUUAGUCCCCUGUAGCUCAGUUGGUAGAGCAUGGCGCUUGCAACGCCAGGGUUGUGGGUUCGUUUCCCACGGGGGGCCAGUAUGAAAAUGUAUGCACUCACUAACUGUAAGUCGCUCUGGAUAAGUUAGAGGUAGUUUCGCGAGCCAAUGCUAACUAGCGUUAGCGCAAUGACUGGAAGCGCUUGUUAGCAACUCCCUUCAAACUGCACACAAAGACAUAAAAAUGGUAUCUACGAGUUCAUCUGACUCUGGGGAAGUAGAUAAAGGGCCUCAUUGUCAAAAUCCCUAAUUAUCCCUUUAAACCCUGAACCUGUGCAGGCUUUUUUCCCGUCCCAGUGCUAACAUACCUGGGCCCGUAUUCACAUAGUCUCAGAGUAGGAGUGCUGAUAUAAGAUCCGUUUUUCCUUUUAGAUCAUAAUGAAUAAGAUUGUAUGGACGGGGGGAACUGAUUCCAGAUCUGCACUCCUACUCUGAGACGCUCUUUGAAUACAGGGCUUGAUGAUCCAGUGCCAUAUGAGGGGGUUGUGUUUGUUUUUCCCAUGGCUCAUAGAAAGUGGUAAUGCAGCACUUGAAAAGAAAGCUUUCAAAUGAAUUGAACAUAGGAUAGCUAGCCACUUGGUGUUUUGAUUCAUUGUGUAUACUCUUUAUGUCAAAUCAAAUCAAGCUUUAGUUAUACAGUACAUUUCAGAUAUGGAAUGCAACGCAAUGUGCUUCACAGGAAAAAAACAACUAAUAAAAACAUUGAAAAAUAUAUUUACCACACAUGAAUAACAAUAAAAACGGAAUGACUAAAAAGCACACUAUGGACAAGUAAAGCUAAAAAGGUGUGUUUUUAAGGUCUCUUUUAAAUAUGUCCACAGUUUCGGCCCCCCUCAGGUUCUCUGGCAGGCUAUUCCAGAGGCUGGUAUAAUAACUAAAGGCUGCCUCUCCAUACCUCUUGGUCCUAGGCUUUGGGAUAGUUAAAAGGCCAGUGCCAGAGGACCUGAGGGACCUACUUGGUACAUAACUUAAAAGCAUGUCUGACAUGUAUUGGGGUGCACAAUCGUGGAUUGAUUUAAAACCCAAUAGAAGAAUCUUAAAAUUAAUUCUAAAACUCACAGGCAGCCAGUGCAGAGACCUUAAAACCGGUGUAAUGUGUGCUCUCCGUCUGGUCUUGGACAGUACCCGUGCUGCAGCAUUCUGUAUGUUUUGCAGUUGACCAAUGGCUUUCUUGGGUAGAUCAGACAGGAGAGCAUUACAGUAGUCAAGCCUGCUUGUAAUAAAAGCAAGGAUGAGUCUCUCUGUAUCAGCUUGAGAGAGAAACUGCCGCACCUUGGCAAUGUUCCUCAGGUGGUAAAAGCUAUUUUGGUCACAUUCCUAAUGUGUGAUUCAAAAUGUUGUUCAGAAUGUAAAAUAACACGUUUUUGUGCCUGGUGUUUUAUCUUUAUUGCCCGUGAAUUAAAAUGUGCGGCCAGAUUCUCUCUCUGUGCUUUGGCUCUAACAAUAAGUACCUCAGUCUUGUCUUGAUUUAGCUGGAGGACGUUGUGAGCCAUCCAAGUAUUUAAAUCACUAAUACAGUCUAAUCAUUUAUCCAUAGAGCUAAAAUCCUCUGGUGACACAGACAUGGUUGUGUAUCGUCUGCAUAGCAGUGAAAAUCAAUGCUGUGCUUUCUGAUAAUGCUGCCAACGGGUAACAUAUAUAUACAGUACCAAUCAAAAGUUUGGACACACCUACUCAUUCAAGGGUUUUUCUUUAUUUUUACUAUUUUCUACAACCAGCUUCAUGAGGUAGUCACCUGGAAUGCAUUUCAAUUAACAGGUGUGCCUUCUUAAAAUUUGUGGAAUUUCUUUCCUUCUUAAUUAUUUUGAGCCAAUCAGUUGUGUUGUGACAACGUAGGGGGGAUACAGAAGAUAGCCCUAUUUGGUAAAAGACCAAGUCCAUUUUAUGGCAAGAACAGCUCAAAUAAGCAAAGAGAAACGACAGUCCAUCAUUACUUUAAGACAUGAAGGUCAGUCAAUAUGGAACAUUUCAAGAACUUUGAAAGUUUCUUCAAGUGCAGUCGCAAAAACCAUCAAGCGCUAUGAUGAAACUGGCUCUCAUGAGGACCGCCACAGGAAUGGAAGACCCAGAGUUACCUGCUGCAGAGGAUAAGUUCAUUAGAGUUACCAGCCGCAGAAAUUGCAGCCCAAAUAAAUGCUUCAAAGAUUUCAAGUCACAGACACAUCUCAAUAUCAACUGUUCAGAGGGGACUGUGUGAAUCAGGCCUUCAUGGUCGAAUUGCUGCAAAGAAACCACUACUAAAGGACACCAAUAAGAAGAAGAGACCUGCUUGGGCCAAGAAACACGAGCAAUGGAUAUUAGACCGGUGGAAAUUUGUCCUUUGGUCUGGAGUCCAAAUUGGAGAUUUUUGGUUACAAGCGUCGUGUCUUUGUGAGACGCGGUGUGGGUGAACGGAUGAUCUCCGCAUGUGUAGUUCUCACCGUAAAGCAUGGAGGAGGAGGUGCUAUGGUGGAAAAUAAAUCCAUAGUGCCUUUGCGUGGUAGACUAGGGCACAUAUCAUCAUACUUCUCAUCAGGUCUUGCUUGACUGAUACCCAGCUCAAUGUUUGUUAUCUUAUCUCUGAAAUAUGCCACAAACUCAUCACAUUUAGAUGUGGAGGAAAGUUCACAUAGGUUUACGGGGGUAGGAUUUCAGGCCAUCAAUGGUCGAGAAAAGUACUCUCGAAUUAUUCUAUGCGUACAUUGAUUGGUUCAUUUCAGUGCAGAGGUGCACGAGAGAUUGUCCAAGGUCGACAAGAUGAGGAAACGCUAUGAGAUUAUGACUGUCUCAAUGGCUGCUCCCGAGGGAGAAGAGGAAAAAUCACAGGCUUAUUACGUGAUCAAGGUGAGAAUUCCUUCAGACACCCCAAAAAAAUUCACCAGCCAACUAUUGCUUCAGUUACCAAUUGAUUUGGCUUAUUGUGAAAAAAUGGAUAGUUUUGACAGUUGUGUUAAUUGUUUUGAUAACAUGGAACUUUGUUUACAAAAAACGUUCUGACAUUUGACGUUCUACCAUGGGUGAUGUGCUUUUCAUAAGGCUGCCCAAGAGAAAGAGGAGCUCCAACGCGAGGGAGACGAUUUGGACGGCAAGAUCCGCAAGAUGGAGAAGGAGAUCCGAGCACUGGAGAACACGCUCCACGUCAUCAACAGCCGCAACACAACCUAUCGCAAAUCCUUCAACAAAGUGACUGAGUCCAGUACGUACAGUAUGAGCAAAGGUUCCUAGUGAGAGAAACUGAUUCCGACAAAGCCUAGGCCUCUAUGCCCCCAAACAAGAUGCCAGCAAUAAAUAUUGAUUCUAUGCCAUCACCAUGGUAACACACACAUCAAUGUUAUCAGUGUUCUACAUAUAUGAAGGGAAAACACAACAGAAGCAGAUAAGAGAGGAUAUGUUAGAUUCAUCACCGUCUUGACUUUUAUACAAUUUUAUAACGUAUUGGUUGUUUUGUGGUGUUGUUCUGUUUAGAUCCUUUUAUACUCUUUGUUUUUAUUUCUUGCUUCAUGUUGUAAAGUGUGUUGGUACAACCCUUGUGAAAUGCACUUUUUAAAGUGAAUUUUACUUCAUUUGAACUAAGAAGCCAACUUUAAUGUAAAUAAUGAACCCAAAACGCUGAAGGUGAGGAGUAUCAGGAGAAGCUGAAGCUGGAUGAGCAGAAGAGAGCCGCUGAGGAGAAGUACAAGUACAAGAGGAGGCAGAUCCGAGAACUGCAGGAGGACAUUCAGGUAUUUCUCCACCAAACCAGUUUUACUGGACUACGUAAACCUGAUCAAGAAUACUCCUGGUCCUAGCCUUGAAGUGAGCGUGGGUUUUCCACCACCCCAUCAUCUUCUCACACGUUUAUGAAACGAGUAGAAUCAUCUUUUGUGUACUUAAUUUCCAUGUUGUUACUUUACCUCUCUCUCUGUCUCUCUCUCUCUCUCUGUCUCUCUCUCCCUCCCUCCCUCUCUGUCUCCCUCCCUCUCUGUCUCCCUCACUCUCUGUGUCUCCUCCCCCUCCCUCUCUGGUGUUCCCUCCCCCUCCCCUCUCUGUCCUUCUCCCUCCCCUCUCCCCUCUCCUGUCUCCUCUGUACUCCCUCUCUCUCUCUUCUCCUCUCCUCCUCCCCCCUCUCUCUCUCGUCUGUCCCCUCCCUCCCUCCCUCUCUCUCCUCUCUGUCCUCGCUCUCUCUCUGUCUCUCUCAUCUCGUCUCUCUCUCUCUCCCUCUCUCUCUCUCUCCUCCUCCUCCUUCCUCUCUCUCUUCUCUCUCUCUCUCUCUCUCCUCUCUCUCUCCCCUCCUCUCUCCUCCUCUCCCUCCUCUCAUCCAUCUCUCCCUCAUCCCUCUCCUUCUCAUCUCUCUCUCUCUCUCUCUCCUGUCUCUGCCUUUCCCAUGUGCAGUGUGUUAGAUAUGUUCUAAGCCCUAUCAUGAUCUCUUCAUCACAUGCCUUACAUUGGCUGCUUGUAUUAUAUACAUUCCCUUGUGUCCAAGAACAACAGGUCCAAAAUAGACUUGUCUGACAACUCCCUCUUAACUACCAGACAGUGCAAUCAUAACUAUGUGUGUGUGUGUGUUUGCAAAUCUGUGUGUGUGUGUGAUGAUUCCAUCGGUAGGGCAUGAACAAUACACUUGACAGCCUGCUUCAAGAGGAGGCCGUUCAGAACGAGAGGACUGAAGAGACCCAGUCACGUAUCAUGUCUAUGAACAGAGAACUGGUUUCCCAGCAGGAGAAACUCGAUAGGGUCACUAAGCAGGUUUGAUACCACCACCCAACAACCGUCACAGAACAAUUCACACCAUAGCAACCAUUCUUCAAUGACAAAAUAAAACAUUAAAUACGAAAUACACUUUACUGUAGCCCGCCUUAUGUAUGCAUUCAUAAAGCCUUUAUAACAGCUACACAAGACAUAACGUCUGUCAUAGGCAGUCAUAAACAUUGGUCGGUCAUAGGGUCAGGAAACAAAUCCUGUCCAUAUUAAUCACUGCUCUGUCUUCAUCCCCUGCUAUCCUCCAUGACAGUGCUCCAAACUGACCAAAGAGAUCCGGUCAGCCAAGAAGGCCAAGGAGGAGACAUUUGAGGAGAGGGACAUUGAGCUGAGGGAGCUGAAGGACUUCAAUAAGAAUAUCAACAAGAUGCUGCUUGUUGCCAUGGAGGAGCAGCCUGACCUCAGAUCAGCUCUACACAUGUACUUUGUCCAGGUAGCCUUCUUUUCUUUUUACUAGAAAAAGUAUGACGUUUUUCUCCAUGCACCUGAUAAUACUAUACACUCUUCUGGGAAAAAAAGGUGCCACCUAGAACCAAAAAGGGUUCUUAAAUUGUCACCGUAGAAGAACCCUCUGAAAAUAACUAUUUUUGGUUUCAAGUGGAAUCUUUUCACUAAUACGAGGUUCUACGUGAAACCUUUCACCACUAAAAUAUUAUCCUAUGGGGAGAAACGAAUAACCUUUUUUUUCUAAAAGUGUAGGUGUGUGCAAAUUAUACCUUUUCAGCCUUGUAGAGUUGGGCAAGGCAAUGACUCCAUUCUGAAAUCUUGACAGCAAAUUGCCGUGCUGUUAGUUGAUUCAAGGAAAUGCAAAAUGUAAGGUUUUAAGGACAGCUAGGUUUCAAACCAAUCUAAUAAAACUAAACUAAUCAAUUUCUGGCAACUUACUCUAAAAGCAAUCAAGAAGUUGACCCAUCCCAUUAAGUCUAAUUUUGGAUGGCCUUUUACUCAGGACUAAUAAGGUCCAAUUUAAUUUGUGUUUAUGUGUCUCAGGCCAACUUGCCCCUGCCGUCUCCUGCCUCCACCCCUGCCAGCCGACAGAGCUCAAAGACUAACUCUGCUCGCAGCUCUGUCUCUCUCAGGUACGUCACAACUAUUUUACACAGUCAAUCUAGCUCAGGGGUACAGUCCGUAGCCAAAUACCUGCUAGAGCCAAUUAUUUUGGGCCAAUGGGUAAAAAAACGAAAGAUGUUCCUAACUGUGAGUCUAUCUCAAAGCUACAUUCCUUUUACAUUUUUUACAUUUUAGUCAUUUAGCAGACGCUCUUAUCCAGAGCGACUUACAGUUAGUGAGUGCAUACAUUAUUUUAUUUUAUUUUUCAUGCUGGCCCCCCGUGGGAAUCGAACCCACAACCCUGGCGUUGCAAACGCCAUACUCUCCUAACUGAGCUACAUCCCUGCCAGCCAUUCCCUCCCCUACCCUGGACGACGCUGGGCCAAUUGUGUGCCGCCCCAUGGGUCUUCUCCCAGGGUUUUCUCCCUGACACAUUUUACAACCACAAAGGUUUUUCCUGUUUAGCAGUUUUUUGUAUGACUUGUUUUUAGACUGUUUUUAGACUGCUACAACGGAAUUGUCCAGUAUGUGACGAUAAAGAUUUUUUGACACAAACCGGUGCGCCUGGCACCUACUACCAUAACCCAUUCAAAGGCACUUCAAUAUUUUGUCUUGCCCAUUCACCCUUUGAAUGGCACACAUACAGUGCAUUCGGAAAGUAUUCAGACCCCUUCCCUUUUUCCACAUUGUGUUACGUUACAGUCUUAUUCUAAAUUGGAUUAAAUGAAUUUUUUUCCUCUUCAAUCUACACACAAUACCCCAUAAUGACAAAGCGAAAGUAACGUUUUUAGAAAUGUUUGCAAAUGUAUUAAAAAUAAAAAACAGAUACCUUAUUUACAUAAGUAUUCAGACCCUUUGCAAUGAGACUCAAAAUUGAGCUCAGGUGCAUUCUGUUUCCAUUGAUCAUCCUUGAGAUGUUUCUACAACUUGAUUGGAGUCCACCUGUGGUAAAUUCAAUUGUUUGGACAUGAUUUGGAAAGGCACACACCUGUCUAUAUAAGGUCCCACAGUUGACAGUGCAUGUUAGAGCAAAAACCAAGCCAUGAGGUCGAAGGAAUUGUCCGUAGAGCUCCGAGACAGGAUUGUGUCGAGGCACAGAUCUGGGGAACGGUACCAAAAAAAUUCUGCAGCAUUGAAGGUCCCCAAGAACACAGUGGCCUCCAUCAUUUUUAAAUUGAAGAAGUUUGGAACCACCAAGACUCUUCCUAGAGCUGGCCGCCCAGCCAAACUGAGCAAUCGGGGGAGAAAGGCCUUGGGGUGUGUUCGUAAAUUCAAUCCGGAGUGCCAGAGUGCGCUCUGGGUGUUAGUAAAUUCAAAAUGUUGUCAGAUUGUCCGUUUUCGGAGCGUUCAGAGCACACACUGGACGCUCUGGCUGAGGAGUAGGGUUGAUCCGAGUGUUUUGACGUCACAAUGGCAGUCAAGCACCCAAGCUAACUGGCUAACGUUGGCUAGCUUGCUAGCUAUUUCCAGACACAAAUGAGAGAACACUUCACUCUGUCAAUUUUACUCGCCCUUGCAGAGUUAGGCUGUUGUCAUGUUAUCCAGAGCGUUGGUGACUAACUGUGCUGCUGGCAACAAUUUAAUUAUGCUUUUUUGCCGACGUUUACUGACACCGGUCAUAUUCAACGGGUGUUGAGCGUUCGUAAAUUCAUCAGUUAUUCUGUGCCCUGGCACACUCAGAUGAGAGUGCUCUGAAAUCGGAGUAGAUGGCCAGAGUGAAUUUACGAAUGCACCCUUAGUCAGAGAGGUGACCAAGAACCCGAUGGUCACUCUGACAGAGCUCCAGAGUUCCUCUGUGGAGAUGGGAGAACCUUCCAGAACAACAACCAUCUCUGCAGCACUCCACCAGUCAGGCCUUUAUGGUAGAGUGGCCAGAUGGAAGCCACUCCUCAAUAAAAGGCACAUGACAGCCCGCCUGGAGUUUGCCAAAAGGCACCUAAAGGACUCUGACCAUGAGAAACAAGAUUCUCUGGUCUGAUGAAACCAAGAUUGAACUCUUUGGCCUGAAUGCCAAGCAUCACGUCUGGAUGAAACCUGGCACCAUCCCUACGGUGAAGCAUGGUGGUGGCAGCAUCAUGCUGUGGGGAUGUUUUUCAGCGGCAGGGACUGGGAGACUAGUCAGGAUCGAGGGAAAGAUGAACGGUGCAAAGUACAGAGAGAUCCUUGAGGAAAACCUGCUCCAGAGAGCUCAGGUCCUCAGACUGGGGAGAAUGUUCACCUUCCAACAGGACAACGACCCUAAGCAGACAGCUAAGACAACGCAGGAGUGGCUUCGGGACAAAUCUCUGAAUAUCCUUGAGUGGCCCAGCCAGAGCCUGGACUUGAACCCGAUCUAACAUUUUUUAAAAUACAUUUGCAAACAUUUCUAAAAAACAUUAUGGGGUAUUGUGUUUAGAUUGAUGAGGGAAAAAACAAUUUAAUCAAUUUUAGAAUAAGGCUGUAAUGUAACAAAAUGUGGAAAAAGUCAAGGGGUCUGAAUACUUUCCGAAGGCACUGUAUACAAUCCAUGUCUCAAUUGUCUCAAGGCUUAAAAAUCCUUCCUUAUCCUGUCUAAUGAUUUUAAGUGGAUUUAACAGGUGACAUCAAUAAGGGAUCAUAGCUUUCACCUGGAUUCACCUGGUCAGUCUAUGUCAUGGAAAGAGCAUGAUUUGUACACUCAUUGUAUGUCAAUAUGUUCUUGUAAAAUAUAGCUUCUUAAAUGUAUUUUGUAUUUUUUCACUGCAGGUCAGCUGGGUCUUCAGCAAGCAGCAGCCCAAGGGCGUCGUCAGUGCAGUCUCCCCCUGUUAAGACUCUGGAGCUGGGCCUGGGGUUGUCCGUGACGUCCCUUCCUCUCAUCACCUCUCCACGGGACUCCCAUCCACCCAGCUCCACCAGCAGCAGCAGCAGCAGCAGCAGCAGCCGCAGCAAGCGCCAGAGCCCCUAG